AUGUUUUUCAUGAUGGACUCCCAGCCGGAAUUCACCCAACCGAUAAGAACCAGAGCAAUUUGCUUCCUUCUCAUCUCUUCUCUGAUUUAUAUCGCUCCCAUCGUUUGCCUUAUACUUGCUGGAAUUCAUUCCUACGACGACUACAUUUCUGACUGGAAAUUCUGGAAUUUCGCGACUAUUUCCUGCUUUAUUAUCUAUUUUCUGGCUCAUUGCAUUCAGAUAUUUGGACAAGCAAAACACGAUAAAAAUCUAGAGGAAAAAAGUGAAUUUCCGGAUGAAGAACGAUUUCAGAAAAACCAAAAACGAUUGAACAAUGUCAAAUUGAUUUUGAAGACUGUUUAUUUCAUUUUAUCUUUGUACGGAUUCUACAUCAGUUACAAUGUUCUGGACGUUCUGGAAACUGGGGACUAUCGUUACGAAUUUUAUUGGGCAUUCUUUUUGUAUUGUACUUUCUCAUUGCUUAUUUUCAUUCUUCCUGUUGUAGUUUUCUUGUUCGGCAGAAUUCUGGAUUUGAAGAGAAGUCUUCAUGAGAAGACAGUGGAAAAUUUGAAAUGUUUGAUUUGA